AUGGCGGCGGCAGAAUGGCUGGAGAAGAUGAAACCAGUAAUCGCGGUGGUGAUGCUUCAAGUAGGUUCGGCAGGGAUGGACGUCAUUUCAAAGGUAGCUCUGAACGAAGGGAUGAGCAAUUACGUCUUCGUCGUUUAUCGCCACGCCGUCGCAACCCUCCUCAUUUCCCCUUUCGCUCUCCUCCUCGACAGGUCGGCGGUUCCCCUCUUCUUUCUCCGCACCUUCUCGUCGCUAAAGACCAAAAUUAAACCGUCGCUAAUUGAACGUUUGUUUGAUUGUGCUGUGAGGAACAGGGGAUCCAGGCCAGAGAUGACUCGCUCCAUCUUCACCAAGAUAUCAGCCCUCGGCUUGCUCGAGCCAGUGAUAAACCAAAACUUGUAUUUCCUGGGAAUGAAGUACACCACAGCAACAUUUGCGGCCGCCAUUGUCAACAUUCUCCCUGCUCUCACCUUCCUCAUGGCUUUCAUCAUCGGCAAGGCAAAGGUGUUCGGAACAAUAGCAACGGUGGCAGGAGCGAUGGUGAUGACCCUGAUCAAAGGCCCCGCGUUUGAGCAAGAUGUUGCUGCUGGUGGUGGUAGCAGUGCAACAGUGGCCGAGUCCCAUAGCUUCAUGAAGGGUGGUUUGAUGAUGACAGUGGGUUGCUUCAGCUGGGCAGGCUUUGUAAUCCUCCAAGCGAUCACAUUGAAGGAGUAUCCAGCUGAUCUAUCUCUAACGGCACUGAUCUGCCUCGCGGGCACGAUUGAAGGUGGGAUUGUGGCGCUUUUGGUUGAGUGGGGGAGGCCGGAAGCUUGGGCGCUCGGAUGGGACACCAAGUUGUUGGCUGCUGUUUAUAGUGGAGUGGUGUGUUCAGGGCUGCUGUUCUACAUACAAGGGAUAGUGAUGAGAGAAAGAGGUCCAGUGUUUGUGACAGCAUUCAACCCCUUGUGUAUGGUUCUGGUGGCCAUUAUGAGCUCCAUCUUCUUGGAUGAGGAAAUGUUCCUUGGAAGGGUGAUUGGGGCAGCAAUCAUAGUGGCGGGGCUUUACCUCGUGGUGUGGGGGAAGAGUGUGGACUAUGAUAAUUCUUCUGCUACUUUACAAGAAAACCAGCCUCUGCUGGAGGAAAGGGUCUAGGAACUGCUUAGGAAAAGAACCAGGCUACCAGUACAACGAUGGUUAGAAGCAUCUGGAGCGCGCAAACCAUAGAGACGAAAGAUAGGAAAGGGUUACAAGUAUGGCAAUCGGAUUAACUCAAUGUGGCGGCUUGAAUGGGAGAUUUUCCAAGACUCCUUACGUGCUUCAGUUGAGAGAUAGAGAGCGUACCCAAAGCUGGUUGGUUGAUCAAAAUUAUAUACAUUAUUUAAUAAGCGGUUUGUGGUUUGUCUAUAUGUGAUUCGGGGACAAUCAUAUAUGAAAUUCUUGAUAUAGUGUAAACAUGUUUUUAAGAUAUAGAUGGUAUUUGAUUCUUUUAGAUGUGUUAUUUUGCUCAUCUAUA